AUGCUCAGUGUUGGUGUGAUAGGUGCAGGACCCGCCGGGUUGGCCACGGCCCGGGUCCUUGUUGCAAAUAAUAAGGCUGCAAAAGUGGACUUAUUCGAGGCCAGCGAUAAGGUUGGUGGAGUUUGGAACUACGAAAGCAACACCGCGAUGUACGACGUGCUAGAGACGAAUUUGUCCAACGUGUUGAUGGCGUACGAGGGGUUCCCGUUUGCUGGCCGCAAACGGUUCCCCACGCGACAAGAGGUGCAGCAGUAUCUUGAGUCAUACUGGGAAUCUGUCAUUAAGCCCAACGACAGAGUGAGACUGUUCACGAAUACGCGGGUCACGGGGCUCGAGAAGGUGGACAACGGCUGGGAAAUCACUGGAGAAGGUGCAAAUGGUGUUACUCUACACCAAUACGACUACGUGGUGGUCGCCAAUGGCCAUUUCAGCAAGCCUUUUGUUCCACGUAAUAUACCGGGCCUCGAGACAUGGCCCCAGGCGAGCCAGUGCCAUUCGAGAGACUACAAAAAGUGCACGCAGUUCCAGGACUUGAACGUGGUCAUCGUGGGGAACGGCAGCUCGGCCACUGAUAUCGCUACGCAGAUCAGCACCACCGCCAGACAGGUGUACCAGAGUGUCAAGCCCGAUGCCAAGACCAAUUGGCCCGACAACAGCAUUGUGGAAGUGGUUUCGCAGAUCGAGAGCGUUGCGUGGGACCAAGAGCGUAGCGUCCACCUCAUCGACGGCACCGUGCUCGAAAACAUCGACUACAUUAUCUGGGCCACAGGGUUCUACUACGACUUGCCGUUUUUGCGCAAUGACAAGUACCGUUCGGACUUGUUCAAGGGCCAGCCCCAGGGCCAGCAAAAGCACUUGUACAGCCUUUACGAACACAUCGUGUACACGGGCGACCACACGCUCUUUUUCUCGCUGAUCCCGGCCAAUAUCGUGCCGUUCCCGCUCGCUGAGCUCCAGGCAUGCGUCAUCGAUCUGUGCAUCGCUGGCCGCAUUCCAGACUCGGAGAUCGUGUCGCCAGCAAUUGAGGAGCCAACGUCGCACUUUUUGCCCACGCCAAAGGAUAUCGAGUACUACCAGCACUUGCAGGGCAUCCUGGACAAGUACGGCGCGGCGGACGCUGCGUUCAAGCCGCGCAAUUGGACGCAGAAGUGGGUUGAUGAACGUCUUUCUUCUGCGGAAUUGAAAGCGCAGCGCCAGAAACUGCUCGUGCAAUGGGCAAUCGAGCUGCACGCAAGGGGCCAGCCUUACACGCUGCCCCCAGGACCAGGGUCCUAG